AUUUGGAUAGAAGAAACAUUAAAUUGCAAUAUUAAAAAAUAAUAAACGAAAUAAUUUGCUAUGACAUUGUAGAGAAAUUUUAAUGAAGAAAAUGGAAGAAAAAAGUAAAGAAACCAUUUACGAAAACGAUUCGACUGUUGUAAUGUCUGAAAAAGUGCAAUCUUUAGCUGGCAGUAUAUAUCAGGAGUUUGAAAGAAUGAUGCAAAAAUAUGAUGAAGAUGUUGUAAAAUCGUUAAUGCCAUUAUUAGUAAAUGUUUUGGAGAGUUUAGACUUAGCAUAUCAGUCUAAUCAGGAGCAAGAAGUUGAAUUAGAACUAUUACGUGAGGACAAUGAGCAACUAAUAACACAGUAUGAAAGGGAAAAAGUAGCUCGAAAGCAAUCGGAACAAAAAUUAAUUGAAAUUGAGGACAUAGCUGAAACAGAAAAUAAAGAGCUUGCCGCUAAAUUAGAGUCUUUGGAAAGUAUUGUUCGAAUGUUAGAAUUAAAACAUAAAAAUAGCUUAGAACAUGCAAACCGAUUGGAAGAACGAGAAACUGAACUGAAGAAGGAAUACAACAAGUUACAUGAUCGAUAUUCUGAACUAUUUAAAACUCAUGUUGACUACAUGGAACGCAGUAAGCUUCUUAUUGGUAAUAAUUCCCAACUGAACUCAAUUUCAGAGAGGUUAGACAUAAAUAGAGCAGGGUCCAUUCAUAUGGCACGGUCUUCAGGCCCUGUCUCAUUUGGUUUUGCCUCAUUGGAAACUUCAGUAAUGGAUGAAGAAACUGUCUGCAGUACAAAUUCAUCGAACUCAGGUCCAUCUUCAUUGCACAAUGAAUUUGAAAGUAUUUCAACUGAUAAACAAUCUCACAACAAGAUAACAAAUGAAUUUUUCGAUACUGAAACUCCCACUACUCUUAAAGGUAUCACUACAACCAAAAAAGAAGAGCGGUCUGCAAAUAACUUGUACCAGGAAUUAACAUUUCAUGAUGAGGCUCUUGAAAGUGAAGAAAAUGAUGUAACCGGAAGAUAUGUCCAUCCUGGUGAAUAUGCUUCAUCCGUCAAUGAUAAUUUCUUUGGAAUGGGAAGAGAAGUAGAAAAUUUGAUAAUGGAAAACAAUGAACUCUUAGCUACUAAAAAUGCACUAAAUAUAGUUAAAGAUGAUCUUAUUUUGCGUGUAGAUGAGCUAACUGGAGAAAUAGAAAUUUUGAGAGAGGAACUGAAUGCUGUUUUAUUGUCAAAAAAUAAAAUUAAAGACAAGAUAUAUGAACUCGAAGAAGAAUUAAAGAAAACCAAAGAACAAAUUAAUCAAAAGAACAAUUCUGAAAAUGAAGAUGAGGGUGAUGUUCCAAUGGCACAGAGAAAACGUUUUACUCGCGUAGAAAUGGCACGUGUUCUCAUGGAACGAAAUCAAUAUAAAGAACGAUUUAUGGAACUUCAAGAUGCUGUUCGUUGGUCUGAAAUGAUGAGGGCAACCCGUGUUGAUUCAUUAGAUAAAAAGUCUAAACAGAGUAUAUGGAAAUUUUUUAGUAACCUUUUUAGUUCAAAUGAACGCCUAUCGACUGACCAAGCAGGAACAAUGGUUCGAUAUGAUUCUUCUGAUCCAAGUCUUACAUCUGAAAUAGCAGAAGAACAUUUAUCUAAUAUUGGAAACAAUAAAAAUCUCGCUACGAAUGCGCUUGUGAUGUCAAAAGACUUUACCGCAGAAGACCACAAAUCUUCACAAAAGGCAAUGUUAAGGAGACGUGAGCAAUAUAGACAAGUGCGAGCUCACGUUCAAAAAGAAGAUGGCCGGUUGCAAGCCUAUGGAUGGAGUCUGCCUGGAUCUAAGAAUUUACAUACACACAAGCAAAAUAAAAGUCCGAGUGGAGUUCCAGUUCCAGUUCCAGUGUUUUGUAGACCAUUGGCAGAAGCUAGUCCUCAUAUGAAGGUUUGGUGUGCUUCCGCCGUAAAUUUAAAUGGUGGUUUCACUAAAGACGGUGGUUGCGUGAUUGGUGCUAGUGUAUUUUAUUCAAAAGAAAAAUCUAAAAUUCUUGAUAUUUCUGGUGAAAAUCAUGAUAACUUCGAAAAGUUUGAAAAAAAAUUAAAUAUUAAAAUUAAUGAACCACAUGAAGAUAUGCAGCUAAGUUCCUACAUUUGGAUAUGUACAAGUAAUCAUACAGUUAGUACAGUAACUGUUAUUGAUGCCAAAAAUCCAGCUGAGAUUUUAGAUUCUUUUGCAGUGUGUCAAACACAUUUAUUAUGCAUUUGUUCAGUUAUGGGAGCUCUUGAAAAAGACUAUAUUGUUUUAGAAAGCAGCGAAAUUACCAAGUCAGGAGAUGCAUUAGAAAAACCAGGAAAAGGGCUAGACAACAUUGGGCAAAUUAAAUAUUGUCGUUUUAACAAGGAUACGACAAUUGACGAUUCUAAUAUUUCAAAAGAACCAACAUUGAAUGAAAAUCGUAACUCUUCUGAAAAUAAAAAUUUAGAAAACACACCAAUCGAUGAGCCGCAAAUGUCUUCUGUUGGACCUACAAUGUGGUUAGGUGCUCAAAACGGCAUGCUUUAUGUUCAUAGUGCUGUAGCACAUUGGAGAACAUGUAUACAUUCUGUAAAAUUGCCAGAUGCUGUUUUAUCCAUUGUUCAUAUUGAAUCACGUGUCAUUGUUGCACUAGCAAAUGGAAGUCUAGCGAUAUUUAGACGUCAAUCAUCAGGUGAAUGGGAUUUAAGUGCGUGUCAUAUGCUAAUACUUGGAUCUCCUAAGAGAUCAAUUCGAUGUCUUACAGUCGUAAGUGAUAGAAUUUGGGCAGCACACCAAAAUAAGAUUUAUAUUGUUGACCCUAUUGAUUUAAACAUUCUUCAUAUAAUAGAAGCUCAUCCACGAAAAGAAAGUCAAAUAAGACAAAUGACAGCCUAUGGGUUAGGUGUUUGGGUAUCUAUUCGUCUAGAUUCAACUCUAAGAUUAUAUCACACUGAAACAUACGAACAUUUGCAAGAUAUAGACAUUGAGCCAUAUGUUUCAAAAAUGUUAGGCACUGGAAAACUUGGAUUUUCAUUCGUUCGAAUAACUGCAUUGUUAAUUUCAUGUGCUCGUUUAUGGAUUGGUACUGGAAAUGGCGUUAUUAUAUCCAUCCCCUUGAUAAAUGAUGGACAAUUAUCUAAAAAUAAUUUCAUCCCAAAAUGUUGUAUGGCAAGUGCUCAAUUAUCAUUUCAUGGACAUCGCGAUGCUGUAAAAUUUUUUGUUUCUGUUCCGAUGAACUUGCCUCUUGCUGAAACUCAUCUUCAAAAGCCACCGGACAUGCUUGUUUUAUCUGGAGGAGAAGGAUAUAUUGAUUUCAGACAAGAAGAACAUGCAGAUGAUCUGUCUGACACAGCUACACACUUACUGGUUUGGCAAGUUUCUUCUACACAGUUUUUCGCUAAGAAUUAAUAAAAUACAUAUGUAUUAGACAAACUAUUUAAAUAUGAAAUGAAAUAAAAAAUAAUCACCAAAAAGAUGUCACUCACCUUGACUAAAUUUAUUAGUAAA